CUUGGUGCGGCUCUGGUUCCAGCAUCAGUUCCACAGGAUCAGUCGACGUAGUCGCAUCAACAAUUCAAUUCAAAAUGGUUGCGAAGUUCGUCGCUUUCCUCGCCCUCGUGGCCGCCGCCGCCGCCAGCAACGCUGACAUCACCAGCUUCUCUUACGAUGUCGCAGAUCCCUACACCGGAGACUUCAAGAACCAGGCUGAAACCCGCAUUGGAAACAAUGUCGCGGGACAAUACUCGCUUCUAGAGUCCGAUGGCACCCGCAGAACUGUCGACUAUGCUGCCGGCGCCGGGGGCUUCAACGCUGUCGUCAGGAAAGACCCUGCGCUGAUCGCUUCCCCUGUCAUCGCACAGUCCCCUGUCAUCGCCGCUAAAACCAUCGCCCCUAUUGCACCCGUCGCGUACUCCGCUCCUCUGUCGUAUGCCGCCUCUCCCAUCUCCUACGCCGCUCCCCUGGCUUACUCCUCUCCUCUGGCAUACUCAGCUCCCCUGGGUAUCGCCAAGUUGGGUCUUGGCUACGGAUACGGUGCGCCCCUUGCCUACGGAAAAUUGUACUAA